GGCGUGGAGCGGGGACAAAGCGCACGAGCUGCCAGGUAAGGCCGUACCGCUGCCCUGGAGCUGGGAGUGGGGCGGGUGGGCAACGCUGGGAGGGCCGCGUCCCCCUCCCCCACACGGUGUUCUUCUCAGAGUGCUGAGCCGGGCGCCGCGGGGCCGCGCGGCCAUGGGCGUGCAGGACCGACCGCAGUGCUUCUUCGACAUCGAGAUCAACCGCGAGCCAGUUGGUCGAAUUAUGUUUCAGCUCUUCUCAGACAUAUGUCCAAAGACUUGCAAAAACUUCCUUUGCUUGUGCUCGGGUGAAAAAGGAAUUGGCAAAACAACUGGGAAGAAGUUGUGCUACAAAGGCACUACGUUCCAUCGCGUGGUUAAAAACUUCAUGAUUCAGGGUGGGGACUUCAGUGAAGGUAAUGGAAAAGGAGGUGAAUCUAUUUAUGGUGGCUAUUUUAAAGAUGAAAACUUUAUUCUCAAACAUGACAGAGCGUUCCUUUUGUCAAUGGCAAACCGAGGGAAACAUACCAAUGGUUCCCAAUUUUUCAUAACAACAAAACCCGCUCCUCAUCUUGAUGGCGUACACGUUGUCUUUGGACUGGUUAUUUCUGGUUUUGAAGUAAUAGAACAAAUAGAAAAUCUGAAAACUGAUACUGCCAGUAGACCCUAUGCAGAUGUACGAGUUAUUGACUGUGGGGUGCUUGUUACAAAACCUGCAAAAGACGCUUUGGAGAAGAAGAAGAAAGUCUGUUCUGACUCCGAAGCUUCAGACUCCUCCUCCAGUGGAUCAGACCCUUCAGAAACCUCGUCUGAAAGUGAAGCUGAAGAUGAAAGAAGCAGAAGAAGAAAGCGUAAAAGAAGAGCUAAAACCAAACAGUCAAGAAAACGGAGGAAGGAAGAGAGGAAGAAAGAGGAUCUGAGAAGCAAGCGAGCCUCAAACCAAAGAUGCAGCCUUUCUGACAAGAGCGAUGUAACAGAAAAAGCAGUGGAUGUCAGCACAAAGAGGGAUAAGCCUGUGGUACGUCCUGAAGAAAUUCCUCCAGUGCCUGAAAAUAGAUUUUUGCUGAGAAGAGAUGUGCCUGUUGUCAGUACAGAACCUGAACCGAAGCUCCUUGAUGCUACUCCAGUUCUAACUGACCAGAAACCAUCAGUGUCUAAAUCUGGACGAAAAAUUAAAGGAAGAGGCACCAUACGAUAUCACACUCCACCUCGAUCACGGUCGUGUUCUGAGUCUGAUGAUGAUGAGAGCAGUGAGACUCCUCCUCACUGGAAAGAGGAAAUGCAGAGAUUACGAACAUAUAGACCACCUAGUGGAGAAAAGUGGAGUAAAGGCGAUAAGUUAAGUGACCCAUGUACAAGCAGGUGGGAUGAAAGAAGUGCAUCACGGAGAUCAAGAUCGUGGUCACAUAAUGGCUAUUCUGAUCUAAGUACUGUGAGGUACUCCAGUCACCACAAAAAACACAGAAAAAAGAAAGUGAAACAUAAAAAGAAGUCUAAAAAGCAGAAGCAUUACAAGAAGCACAAGCAAGCUAAGAAAAAGAAAGCAUCAGCUUCAUCAGAGGUAGAAUCCUCACGUUCAUUCAGGAAGAAGAAAUCGUCUUGUGAUCGUGAGAGGAAAUCUCGUUCCUCUUCAUUGUCUUCUAGACGUUCAUCCAGAAGAGACUGGUCUAAAUCUGAUAAGGAAGACCAGAGUUCAUCAACUUUCUCAAGCAGAGAGAGUCGGUCAUAUUACAGGUCCAGGUCCAGAUCUAGGUCUAAGUCAAGGUCUUAUUCCCAAAGAAGUUCCAGAUCAAGAUCAGCCUCUAAAUCAUCACGUUCUCGAAGUAGGUCAAGAUCAAGUUCUAACCCUAGGCAUCAAAAGACUGUUUCCAAUUCUCCACGAAAUACUUCAACACGAUUAAAUGAAAAUAAGUUGAACAAGCCUGCUGACCCUGUAAGAGCAGUUAUACUACCAAGUGAUAAAGUCGUCAUCCCACCUGUUGUUCCAGAGAGCCUCCCUGUAAUACCCUUAAGUGAUAGUCCUCCACCUUCAAGGUGGAAGCCUGGGCAAAAACCAUGGAAGCCAUCUUAUGAGCGAAUUCAGGAAAUGAAAGCUAAAGCAACCCAUUUAAUCCCCCCCCAGACUAACUAUAAUUUAGUAGUUAUUAAAGAGGCUAAUACUUCUUCGUAUCAAAAGCAACAGGGGAGUUCUGAUAGCGAUCGAAGUGGCUAUUCCAAAUAUCGUAGUGAUAAAAGCUCGGAUAGUUGGCAGAGAUCAAGAAGCAGGUCCUCUCGAAGUAGGUCAUACUCAAGAUCUUACACGAGAUCUAGAAGUCUGUCUAGCUCAAGGACAAAAUCUCGUUCUUCUGGCAGAUCACCAUCACUGAACAAAUACCGCAGUGACAGGUCAGGGUUUAGUGAGUCAACAUCUUAUUUUUCCCUUAGUGAUGAUGAUAGACACAGAAGCAAAAGAAAAUCUACAUCAGGUGAUCAGAACACUCGUUCUCUUAAAGUGAGGCAAGAAACAAGCUCUGAAAGUACCCUUCCUUAUAAGGGUACGAAAGACUACGAUGAAUCUUCUCAAGGAGUGAAAGAGAGUGACAGUUUAUCAUCUUCAGACUUCUCUACUGACAGCGAGCAUUCUGGUAAAGCGAAGGGAGCCCAAGAAAAGGAAGGCCAUUUUCAAUUAGAAGGUGAUGCUCAGCAACAGGAUAAAAAUACCUUCCAUUCUGUGAGAGGGGAGGAGAAAUCCAAGCGUGAAUGGGAUGCUGAUCAUUCUAAAAAGAAAGCAGUUAAAGAGCAAUCUUCUGAGCAACCUAGAGGUGGUGCAAAAAGUAAACAAAAAUCCUAUUCAUGUAGUAAAUGGGACUCUGAAUCAAACUCGGAAAGGGGAGAGGUUCAUCGUGGUAGGGGAGAUUCCAAGCCCUUGUCUGAUAAAGAGGAAGGAGAGGCCACAUCAGGAUCUGAUACAGAACUUAGUGUUACCAAAAGGAGAAAAACAAAAUCCAAUUCCUCAGAAGGCGUUCUGGAUUCUGAUAGUGCAUGGAAGAUAAGCAAACAGUUAUCAUCUUCAGAAUCUGAGAGUUCUCAUUCUAACUCAACACAUACCAGAGGAAAGUCAAAAAAACACAAACAUGAAUCGAAAAAAACUCCUAAAAAAUCACAUUCCAAAAAAGCAAAAGAAAAAUCAAAAGGGAAAAAGGAGAAGAAACACAAAGUUCAGAAAAGAAAAGAAGUGUUUCAUUGGCAACCCCCACUGGAGUUUGGUGAAGAAGAUGAAGAAGAUAUAAAUGAAAAGCCAGUUAUCAAGGAUGACAAAGAAAAGCAGCUUACCAGGGGUGUGAAGGAUAAACAGCAACAAGCUUGUGAAAAGGAUGAAACAGUCAAAGACAAAACAGGAAAUGGUGAAAAGCCUAGUGCAGAUGAAAACCUGCUAGUUAAAAAUACUACUCCUGAUGCCUCACCAAAUCAAAAUAAGCUUAAUAAAGAUAGCAUCAAUCCAAACACUUCAACCAGUAUAUUAAACUCAGGAAUAAAUGUGACUACUUGCAAUAAUGAGACUAAGCAUGCUGAAGAAAGCAACCAGAAUGGACUGGAUGUAAUUCAGACAGAUGACAACAUGGAGAUUUGUACUCCAGAUCGUAACUCACCAGGGAAGGUGGUUGUGGACACUUUGUCUCCUGUCAUUCUCACUGAUAAACCUCAGAGUUUAGGUGCUAGCAUAAACAAAGAUUUACAGACCUCUGAACAAGAUGCUGUCAAACUAGGAAACAACCUUGUAGACUUCAUUAAUAUUAAAGAAGAAAUAGGAAGGCAAGAAAAUAACUCCGUUCCUGCAUCUAGUGCUAAAGACAGCAGUUUGAAAAAUGAAAUUGCUGAAAAUACACAAAGCAAUUCAAUUGAUAAUAAAUGGAAGCCCUUGCAAGGUGUUGGUAAUUUGCAACCAGCUACAGUAAGUACUGCCACAGAAGUCAAGAAUGUGGCUUCAGCACCAGAGGCUAAGCCAGCAGGUUUAAGAAUUGAAAUAAAAGCUAAAAAUAAAGUAAGGCCUGGAUCUCUGUUUGAUGAAGUUAGGAAGACAGCACGACUAAAUCGAAGGCCAAGGAACCAAGAAAGUUCCAGCGAGGAGGAGUCUCCAAGUAGAGAUGACAAUAGUCCAUCCAGGAGCCACAGUAGGUCUCGAAGUAAAUCCGAAUCUAAAUCCAGACACCGAACACGGUCUGAAUCGUACAGUCACUCAAGAAGUCGAUCCCGAAGCUCUACAUAUUCUUACAGGUCGAGAAGCUAUACGAGAAGCAGAAGUAGAGGCUGGUACAGCAGAGACCGGUCAAGAAGCCGGAGUAGUUCUUACCACAGUUACAAAAGUCGUAGUCGAACCUAUAGUAGAAGCAGAUCCAGAAGUAGUUCUUAUGGUCACCACAGUCGAUCCAGUAGGUCAUACACCUAUGAUAGUUACUAUAGCAGAAGUCGAAGUAGAAGUAAAAGGAGUGACAGCUAUCGAAGAUCUAGAAGUUAUGACAGAAGAUCCAGAUCUUAUGGCUCUGAUAGCGAAAGCGAUCGCAGUUACUCCAACAACCGAAGUCCCAGUGAGAGCAGCAGAUACAGCUGAAAAUGCUUCUUUGGCGAUGGAAACCAUAUUAAAUAAGUUUAUCAGUGUUGCAUUUAGAAAGAAAAACAAAAACUGUUCUGACGAUGUCACAAGUGAAGUUGGAGGGUGUUUCCUGAGCUAACUGAAACUUUACCAUUUAGCAGUGAACUCACUUGACUGUAUCCAUGAGGAGAGACGUACUGAAGCUCAGCUCAGUUGUUUUAUGUCAAACGCUACUUUUACGAAACAGAAAAAAGUUUGAUUUCCUUGAAUUGGAUUUUCCAAGCCAUGAAAGACACGAGUGAGUUUGCUGGCACUGCUUUCUUGGUGCAGCAGUCAUUACUAAGGUAUGCUUAUAAACACCUUAGGGCUCUCUGCCUGCUACCAUUAAAUAUAUGCUAGCAGCUCGAAAACUGUGACGAACUUCUUACAAAGGCUGCCAUUUCUAGUUUGUUAACAUGCUUUUUUUAAUGCUGGAAGAUGGCUUCCAUGGUAUCUUGUUUGACUUUUGCAUUAUACCGAGAGGGUAUAUAUACAGCAGGUAGGUGAUGAAAACAAAGACUGCCACUCUGUCUUAAUCCUUUCUGUACUGUGAUACUGCAGAAGUCCGCUCAGAAGGGUGAGAUUAUACACACAAGAGAAUUGUGAGCAAAAGAGUGAUGAGUGAGUUUUGAUUUUAACAUCCAACCUGUCCACACUUCUGCAUUUAAAAGCGUAUUUGGUGAUAAACAGAGGUGUCCUUCAGAGGCUAAAGAAGUGUUUCAAAGCAGCCCCGUUUCAAUUCAUCUUGCAGUGCUAGGCAUACUUCAACACAUUCUGAAGUCAAAUGUUGUAAGCAGUUGAGUAUAUCACGAACUUGUUCAGGACGCUUCUUAAAGUCUUAACUGACAAUAAUUUUCAAGGAAAUAAACCAUAAGGAUUCCUUUACAAAAUGUCUGUAGAUGUGUCCCCUUUGCCAUAGGAAUAUUGGUAUGCAGGUACUGAAUUAUAUCUUGUCAAAGUGAUAUGAUUUCAGAAAUGCUUGUAUGCCUGAAAAAAGCAUGGAAAAUACCAAAAAUGACUUCAUGUUACAGUUAAAUGGCUCACAAAAAAAAAAAGAUUUAAAGCUGAAGAGCAUAAAUUUUUGCAAUAUUCCGAUUGAGUCGAUAUAAAACCAUUUGUAAUGUUUUUCAGUGUUUAGAAAGUUAUAUACUAAGAAGCAGUUUUUUUAAUAGAAAAUAUACCCUGAAAAAAAUGGGGUCUGUAGUGAAGAAACAGACUAAUGUAGCUUUAGUAGAGCUAACGAGUACUGUUGUAUUAUAAUAACUUUCAUUACUGACUUUCUGUAAUAUCUUGAGAUGCUUUAGUUUUCUUGAAUGUUCUCAAAGAUUGAAAAUGACUUUUUUUUAAUCUUAUCAAGACCCAGCAGCUUUGAAAAUUAAAAGUAAUCAUCUCUUGCUUAGGCAUCAAUUCAUAUUGGUUUUUUGGUUGAGUACCCCAAAUUCAGCCUUUGGUAUAUGAAAGCAGAAUUAGAAGGGAAGUCUGAAAACUGUAACGAUGUGAUGCACAUGAACAGCUGAGUAUAUUUGCAUACAGGUUCCUGAGCCUGAAUUUGUCACUCUUUUCCCAUCUUUCCAGGAGGACCCAAAGCUCUGUGCUCAGACACUUCCUGCUCUUGUAACUCCAUGAAAAAUUGUGCACAUAAUCCUUCCAAAUCAGUAGUUUGUAAGGUUCUCAUAAAUGUAUUUAAUGUUAAAUUGCAUUACUCGGAUAAUUAUGUUAGCAGAUUUCUUUCUAACGGAGUAGCAGCCAUUUCAGAGUCAGAAACAAAUAAUUCUUUGCUAACUCAAGAUAAUGUUUGUUGCAGUUCCAUAGUUUGACAUCCUUUGUUACUUCCCUUACACAGAAAAUAGCACUAGUGAUCUGACAUCAUAACAAAAGAUUCAAAUAUAAGCAUUGCCACUCAACAUUUCUUCCAAGAAAAUUGCCCUAAAAUCUGAUUCUGUCACGUUUCAAUUCUGAGUUGUUCGAUCAUUAAAGCCAAGAAAGGGCAGGGAAAUAGGAAUAUGGUCAGUCUGUUGUCCAAAAUUACUGCAGUGUUACCAAUAUCUGUUCCAUAUCUUGAAUUCAAGCUUUAUAAAGAAAUUCCAUCUGGUGGAUGGUUGGGGGAGGGAUGUGAGGGAAUUGGAGGGCAGUAUUUUUACUUAGUGAAUUCUGUUCAAUUGUGCUCCAAACAGAAAAUGCACCACUGAGCUGGUUUUCUAAUGUUGGUCUGUUUUUGCAAUUUUGUUAUUCAAAAGUAGUUGCUGUUUAUAAAAAUAAACUUUUGUACAUAUCUGAAAA